AUGGUAGCAGAGAAGGAAGAGCAGUACGGCGGCGUCACCGCUCGCUCCGGUGGCUGGCUUUGGGUCCCUGGGAGCAGUAUGGCCAAGGCUGCGGGCAUCCGCGACAGCGUUGACCAGGCACUCACAUAUAUUCGCCACGAGGCUGGACCGUACUUCGACGAGGCUCGUGCCAAAGCCUAUGCUGAGACAGCACCGGAGAUGCUUGACUUCGUCGUCAAGAACACCCCUGUCCGCCUCGGGCUAUUCACCGGCAUGCCUGACUACCACCCCAACUCACCGGGAGCAAGUCCAGGUUGCCGUUGUGUGUACACAAAGGCGUGGAGUUCUCGCCCCAUGGGCGACGAGCUGAGUCGCCUCCGGCGACCCUUACAGUCCAUGACUGCUUUCGGCAUGCAGAUUGGCAACGAGGACCUGGCGACCUUUGUGACAGCCGGCCGAAAAUUCUCAUCCUUCUUCCGUGUUAUGAAAUUACUCGCAGGAAACACGGCCGACCGACUCCGUGGAAGACCACCGUCACGCAUCACCAGUAGGCGCGCGCUGAUCGGCGGCUUUGCUCAGGCGGCGACCUCCAAAGGGACUCAAAUAUGGACGAACGCUCCUGUCCGUCGUCUCAUGGUGGAGAACGGCCGCGUGACCGGUGCGCUCUUGGAACGAAACGGUCGAAACAUCCAGCUGCGGGCCCCGCGAGGAGUCAUUCUGGCCACGGGAGGAUUCGCACACGAUGUGCAGCUGCGAAAUCAGCUGCUGGAAGGCUCGAUGACAGACGUCGGCACCAACCAGGCGGCUUGGGGUUUGCUACCGUUCGGCGUCACGGGGGACGGAAUCAGGAUGGCUAAGGCUGCAGGUGGUCGAUUCGAUGACAAGGUAAUGAAGCCGAUUGCAUACUCUCCAGUCACGAGGAUCUUCAACGCUGAAGGUGACCUGUCGCUUUUCCCAGUCUUCGUAGGGCGCGCAAAGCCCGGCCAGAUCUGCGUCACGCGCAUCGGGAGGCGCUUCAUCAGUGAGGGCUGCAACUAUCACGCAUGGGGAGAAGCGCUAGUCAAAGCAACAAAGGGCGAAGACGAAACUGCGGCCUGGUUUGUCUGCGACAAGCCCUCGCUCCAGCGAUAUGGAAUGGCCGCAGUGCCACCCUGGCCGAUCCCGUUCGGCCACCUAAUCCACUCAGGAUAUCUGAAACAAGGGAACACCGUUCGCGAGCUUGCCGAGAAGGCAGGCAUUGAUCCAGACGGACUGGAAGACACGGUGGACCGAUUCAACGCCCACGCGCGAGAAGGGAGAGAUCCAGAGUUCGGCCGGGGUGAGAACGCGUACGACCUUGCGAACGGUGAUCCGGACCACAGACCGAAUCCUUGCUAG